UGGAGAGCACUUCGCCGAGAGUUCCCGAAUGCGCUUUACGUUGUACGGAAGCAUGUUUUUGAGCAUGUGAUGCGGUAAAUUGUAUUUAUUGCGCUGCUUAGUACAGUUGCAUACUUUCAUUUACCGCACGUAAUACUUAUUAGACAGAAUGAUCCUAAAUCAACUAGUGUACGUGCUGAGAAGGCCACUGCGGCCCAGCAAUCGCAAGCGAUCUGAUAUAGUCACCAUCAAGUCCAUUGCCGCUAACAUCGCUACCCGUCAGCUUUUCAAAGAAAGAAGCCUCUGUGUUCGCGAUUUCGCCUGUGAGAAGUUUGAAUGCAGUGUAGUAGGCGAGUUCUGGAAGCGCUUAGCUGCCGAAGUGAACGAGCGGCUUGUUCUGCUCGGCGAAAUCUUAGCGAAGCAGUGUAACUUUUAUGUUGCUCACCGCAUGCGGCGAGGUAGUCAAAUAUGGAACCUCUACAGUCGUCUGUAUACGGAGAAGACGCUUAAAGCUCUAGUAUCCAAGUUUCUCGACAGACUCCGAAGCAGGUCGCAGAAGCCCAUUGCCUUCCUGCUAAGUGCGGCUCUCUUCAAAUGGGAACACGAGCGGAUCACAGACAACGAGGUGAAAGGGUGCAUAGACGAGUUUGAGAUCCUUUCUCAGAAGUGUGGCAAUACAAAUGGCAACUUCAGCGAGCCAACUCUGCAGCCGGAGAUAUUCAAAGCACAUUUGGCAGAAGAAGGCUGGGAACCCGUUGUUGAGAAUAGCAAGAUGUUCCUGUGGAGGCGUUGGAUGCCAGAAACGUCUGGCUAUGAGUAUAAAGUGUUCGGGACGUUCAACGACAUCCCAGCCCGGGCAUUCUUUAGUGUCCAGACAGACACAGAGUACCGCAAGCGAUGGGACAAACUUGUGAUCAAGCUUGACAUCAUCGACCGGGAUACAAGAGGCGGUUGCGAAGUAGUUCACUGGGUCAUGCAGUACCCUUUUCCCAUGUACAAGCGGGACUAUGUGUACAUAAGAAGAGCAUUUGUUGAUGACCAACGUAAAGUGAUGGUGCUCAUGUCACGCUCAACAGAUCACCCAGCUUGCCCUCCUAUCAAUGAGUGCGUCCGAGUGACCAAGUACACGUCACACAUGGUGAUCAGACCUCACCGAAGCAUAGAUGAGGAUGGUUUUGACUUCCUGCUGUCAUACUAUGACGACCCGCGAUCCUCGUUUCCGGGGCCGAUCUACAGCUGGAUGGCAGCCUCAGGCGUGCCAGACUUCAUUGAGAAGCUGCAUUGCGCAGCCAAGGACUUGCACCUCAAGAGCACAAAGGCACCACAGCCAAAUCUUAGUGGCCAGAGCUCAUCAGUUCAGUGUGCCUAUGCUUGAGGAGGUCAUCUCUCUCAAGGGCUGGUCUCUUUACAUGGUGUUGUGCACCUCCUUCAACAUUGCUUGCAGUGUGUCAAUUUAAGGUAUUCACAGGUGGGCUCAGCAGUAUGAGAUUGCAAGUAACAUUUUUGCUGUUAUGACAUGGGCACAGCCAAAAUUUUGUGAAGCUGCACACUGGAUCUGACUGGCUAAGCUGUUAUAACUGCUUGGUGUACACAUUUGCCCAGUAAGUGCUCUGCACACUGUGUGUUUCCACAAAGAAACGCCGUUCAUUAGUCUGCCAGUGUAAGUUACAAAGUGUGUAUGUGGGAUCUUAUUUGUAGAUUGAAAGUGUGAUUUACUGAGCAGAAACUGAAUUAGGCCUUGUGACGUGAUAUCAUGAACUAACACAGUGGUACAGGAAAUAAUUUUUGACUGCCAUGGACAGUUUAUUCUUGCUGAGGUUUCUGGGCCUGCAAAAAAAACUUGCUCUCAUCUAGUUAAGUGGUGAUUGACGUUGUAGACCUGUCAACAAGCCAAGGCAAACUGCUGCAUGAACCUAGCCAUUUGGUGCUGAGGCACUGCUGUGAAAACUAUCUGUCUAGACAUAGCAAUGCGCAAUAAUUUUACAAUUGCAGCAUUUGUUCCACUGGCAGAAAACUGAAGUAUCAUGUGUAUAGCCUUCACAUUUUGUAGAAAUGUUUCACAUAUUUGAAGCCUUGCCUCAUUUGGGAGGUUGUUCUACUUUUUUCCCAAACAGUGUUUGUUUUUUUACAACCCCGCCCCCCAAACCCAUGAUAUAGUUACAUAUAAGCAGCACCAGUAAUAUGAUAUCUCAAAUGCCAGCGGUAUGAAAAGCUGUUUUGUGAAAAUGUCAUAGUGUGUGUUGUGCAUUUGGCCUAAGCUGACAUAGAUGUGUUCAUGAAUAGCCAUUACAAGCCAAGGAAAUCAAAUAGGAAUUAGCAAGACACUAGGACACACAUAAACUAGCAAUAGGUACAUCAGCAUGUCUGGAAAAAGGUUCUAAAAUCUUAGGUUAUAUGAAAGUGCGCGCAAGGAAUUUUGAAAAGAGUUGUGCACAGCUAAAAUAUCACAGCCAAGUGCAAUGGUUUGCCAUAAAGCCAGAAACAAGAAGUAGCUUACAGUGAUUUAGUAUGUGCAUAGUAGUUGCAGGUGGGAGGAAAAUCCUUCUAGCCAUUUUGUAGAUAGUUACUGUAACUAACUGGUGGUACCGAUUAUUGGGUGAGUUGGUUUGACAUAGUGCUAAUUUUUCUAGCACUGUUGGGAUAGGGACAGCAAGGGAGAUGAAACAGCAAUAGAAUGUUAACUAGAAACUGUUACCAAGAUGAUGAGUGGACCUUUGACAUGCUGUGCGCUCCUUUAGAGCAAACAUAAAAGGGACCCAGGAAAUCUGUUCAUCUUAUUUAAAGUUCUGCUAAAUAAAAAGUGCACUAAAUCUGUCGGAAAGUAAAACAAAAAUCCUUGAACUGUUCAGCUUAUCAGGGAGCUUGUUUAAGGAGAAUCUGUUGUAUCUCAGCAGCUUUUUUUGAUACAUGGUUCCAUUGCAAAUCCCAUGUCGCAGAAAAGCAGCAUAGAUGUUAUGCAGUCAGAUUUUGUCAGUCAGCUCUGCAAAAAUGCUUUUUCUUAUCAUUGACCUACGUAUUUUAGAUGUAAAUUCAUGCUAUAACCAUGAGCCCGAACUAGUGCCAAUAACCUACUGAUUAUAUUAGUCGUGGUUGCAGUUUAUUCGAGAUGCAGAAAAUUUAAAAUUGUAAAUAAAACUUAAUAAUUCCCCCUACCACUUGCUUCACAGAAAGCAACCGGGACAGACCCUUCCUGUGUAAGAUGCCAUAAAAGUCAAAAUAUAGGUCCACAUGGAAUAUAGGUCGACCCCUGACCUUGAGGUUAAUAAAAUUUUUAGAAGUUAUUCAAUCAAUACACCCAUUCAUCGUCAGAAAUGAAAGCCACACGUAAACUGUGAGGAUUCUCAUCCAGGGACAGCUGCUGGUCACUUAUGACAUUCCACAGCCCAGCACUGGUGAUGUCCAAGACAUUUGUUAUGUAGGGCUAGGCGUGUGCACCACUGUCAUCAGGCUAUGCGCGGCACGCACUAGGCACCUGAGGUGCACGCCAGCAAUGACUGCACUUGACUGUAGGCAUCCUCGCGUGGUUGCCAGGCAUCUUCCGUCAAUUGCAGCUUCAUGUCUUUUGUGCUAUUUUCAUGCAGUAUGGUGACCGACGAGACUUCUCUUCUGCACCGUCAAUUUGUCCCAGUGGACAAACGUUCUCGCACAGAAUGCGUGCAAAUAAAUUCCACCAUAUGGUUUCUUCAAGUUGAGCAUGAACGUUUUAGUGGCCAUGUAAUUAAGUUUUCAGUGAAAGUCAACAGUUGCACGCACCAUGGUUCACCGUUUCACAACCAAACAGUGCAGUGCUGACAUGCUUUUGUUUGCAGCUGUGAAUUCUAUCACAUUUUCAAGCAGCACUAAAGUCAAGCUGAGACCUGCUAAUUUUGCGCCCCGAGACAGUAGUAGCACAUGUUCACACAAUGUUUGCGAAGUUUCCACGAACUUAGCAGCAGCAACAACAAAAUUGUGGACACUUUCUCCGUUUUUUUUUUUUUUUUUUUUUUUUGUUAUCCCAUAGUUGCCAGACGAGAAGUGGAAUUGUGUCAGACUGCAGUCUAAGAAGAAGGGGCACUUUUUCAAAAUAUUUUUGGGAAAGAACUCUACCUAUAUUCCAGUUUUUAUGGUGGCCAACCAUUAUUAAGGUCUGGAAUAUUGUGUUGGUUAAGACCUGACUUGUCUUUUUGCACCCUUCUUUAAAAGUUUUAGUUCUGGCAUGAGAAUGAUUAGUUAUUUUGCCUUGCACAAAAACACACCUCUACAAUCUAUGACUUGAACAUCCAUCUCUGAUCUAUGUAAGGGAUUACAACUCUGUAUGCUGCUUAUUAUGCCCCCAGCUUUAUGAGGCAACGCUUUUGUACGGAAUGUUGGUUGUUGAUGGAAUGUAGUUGUAUAGGUAGUUAGGUGCUAGUCAUGUUAGUGGUUUAUUAUUAUACACGUUUUCCUGGGAAGUUAGUGCGGUGCCCAGUUCUGCUGUGUUCUUUUGAUUUUUCUUUGGCUGUUACCUUGUAUAAUACUGCUUCAACAGGUGGCAUCUUUUAGGUUGGUUACUAUAGUCUUUCACUUCAAGGAUGAAUGGCUUGCUGUUACUCACCUUGAAUGGUGAAGUUUGAAGCACCUCAGUUCUCUUGCACACCAUUUGUUGUCAUGUUUUAUCCUUGCCACUAGAAUUUCUUGCAAUGUGGUGCUGUUAUAGUUUUUUUUUUUUUCCUAGUAAUGAAAGAUUGCAGAUGUAACUUGUUGUUUCAGCUUAAUGCCAAGAUUUCGUGUGUCUACUCGGGUAACCAGCUUCACUUAGGUUGAACCUUUGCCAACCAUCUGCAGCUAUUUGUGGCUAGCUGGCGCACAAUAGCAGAUGGGGUUUACUGCACGUCUUGUUUAGCGCACAGCUUUUAAGGUAGAAAUGUUAAGGCGACUAUAUUUUUUUGGUGGCUCUUAAGCUAGAUUUCAGGCAUUUAUUUGCCCAGUAAUUUUUGUAGAUUCUUUAAUUGCACCGUUUUUUCGUGGUAACUUUAAGCUAAGAUAUGAUUAUUGAUGUUGGUAAAGCACGGUGUGAUGUAGUGAUAAAAUAGUUAUAAAGAUGUCAAUUAUUUUUUGUGCCAUUUUAUGUGUACCCCACUCACCCAUUUCUCAUCUUAUUUUCCAAAUAACAUUUGACAUGCAAUGCAUUUUGAACCAUGCUACAAUCACUGGUUUAAUUCAUGUGCUGUCUUCCCACAGCAGACUUGCAAAGCGUUAAACGUGUGUUCAAAGAGUCCCUACGAGAUGGCUCAGCAUGCCAAGAAAAGAGAAAGGAUAAAUACUCUAUUGUAACUGACACGUGCUUCUGGCAGGUGCUACCCAACAUGUAACUGGAACCAACUUUGCAUGUUCAGCAUUGCCCAACGCGUAAAGAUUGCACAAUGUCACGUGGGGAACAUACCUAACCUGCGACUGCAGGCAGUAGCUCAUCAUUUGAUAUAAUGGGGUCCCAGGCUUGGAGUGCUUUUUGUAACACACAUACAGUCGAAGCAAUAGACAGUUUUAGUUUAAUGUUAGCGUAAUAGCGGGUUUAAGGGAAAUAGUGUUACCAUUCCGCAAACGAACUUUGCAGAAAGCAAGAUUUAGUAUAGUGUGAUAGCGUAGUUUACUUGUGGGAUGCUAUACCACUGCUUUAAAUUUCACAUACAUUGUACACCUAAAAGAUUCUAUCUGUUCACCAUGCUUUGCGUGUGUGCCUGAAAAGUGCAUGAGGCAGUGCUGUGAAAGUUGGGAGCGUGUUGUAGUUGUACUUUCUACGUCUGCUGAUCCGCAAUGAAAUCAGGACAAGCUGUCAACCAUGGCCUCCAAGACCUUCUGAUCUCAGAGGCUGUCGCGUCUAUCUCCCAACUUCGUCAAUAGAUGGCACUGUCAUCCAAUAAGUUUCUUUCUUUAGGCUUUGAAGUGUUCGAAACGAGAAACGAUCUCAAAAACUCCGCAAGGCGAUCCAUAAUACUCUGUCGUCAGAGAGUCCCAAGACUAAGCGAAAGCUGUUUACAGUCAUUUGCUAUGAACAAGUGAAUUCUACAAAGGCAACGCCAAAUUCACUUCGAAGCAGCCAGCUGGGACCGCCAGCACGUUUUACGUAAAUGACAUAAACCACGUAGUGACAGUAACAUGAAAUUUGAGAAAUAGCAUGCAUAUGCUAAACACUAUAGCUUAUUCAGCAUUCUGUGCAUGUGCAUUUCGAUCCCGCUAUUCCGCUAAGCCCACUAUUCCACUAAGGAUGCUAAACUAAAGCUGUCUAAUACUGUACCUGCUUGGCUGGGCAUUAAGAAAGUUGGAUGUGUGAUGGCGUCAUGGCAUAUAAAUAAAAUACAGUGGUGCCUUGCAGAACGAACUUAAUUCAUUCUGGGGCUGGGCUUGUUCUGUGAGAGGUUCGUUCUCUGGGAACUGUACCCACUUUGUGGUAUUAUCUAACCUCUUUCACCCAGUGACCCAAGUUGUCUACUAGCUUGGGCCUCUAGGUAUGUGGUGGCUGCUGUUUGCCAAGCAGGCAUGGGUCACUGGAUAUGUACCUAAAUGGACAUCUUCGGCACUGUGUAUCUGGUAUUAGUAUGUGCCCAUUCUUGGCCAAUCCCCCAGAAUGGAUGUGUCAAGGUGACACAAAGGGGACAGAGCCUAAAAUAUAUUGAAGUGAUAGCACCCCAUUCACAACAAACACAUCUUCAUUGAGCACGGACGCUUGAUGAAGAGCCAUUGCAACGAAGUUGCAUCCAGGGUAUACUACAGAGCUCCAACUGGGGAGCAGUAAUUACAGCAAGGUAUACCGUGUCAUGGUAUCAUUUGGCAUUGCGGUUAUCAGCGAGAUUGCCACUUUGUGUGUCUACGGUGGCAAUACUGUGUGUCAUUACAUUGCUUUAAUGCUAAUUGCAUUGAUAUUUAAAUUCAUCGUGAGAUGGGUCCUGCCAUAAUUUUUUUUCCAUUGACUAUAGGAAACCUAUUAAUUGGCUCAUGGAACUUGGGAGCUUGGUUAUUUAUGUGAAAACCAAAAAUUGUUACAACAUGUUAAAAAAAAAUUGUCAGUGUAUUUACCAAGGAUGGAGGACAUUCACGACGAGAUCGAGAAAGGGUGACAUCCAGCUUAGUGUUUACAGCCAUCUGCUAUUUAGAAAUGCUCUUCACUUCUGAGUUCAUGUCUCUCAGCUAGAUGAGGCAGAAGGCACUGCUGUGAAAAAUGUUCUCCUGUCUUUGUCAUAGCUUUUUUUUAAAGGUUCAGAAUGAUAUAAGUCACCUACGCAUUUCUCAAGAUGAGAGGAGAGUGACGUGAGAACCUGGCUAGGUGAGGGAAAAUAGUGGCUCAGGAUGAAGGAGGCCCAGAAAGCACAUAGGCACAUCUGUGUGCGGAUAUGUCUAGUUCGUACAGAGGAACCGUGUUCACUCUGCAAAAUGUUUGCUGAGCGAGGCACCACUGUUCUAUUACCUCUUGUUGGGCUCAUGUCACAAGUUGGUCGUGUACGAAACAUUGCACCAGGCACGUACCCAGUGGGGGUGGAGCCCCCCCUCCCCCCCCUCCCGAAAUUAAACGGCAUACCCCCUACCCCCGCGCAUGCCACUACUAUUCACCAAUAUUCCUGAAGUGCUGGCACAACAAUUUUGAAACUUGACAGCUAUUCAGCGGUCAACAAUAGGCUGCUGUUACAGUAUUAUUAUGGCCGAGGCGUGGAAGCGAUCACUGAUCAGGCCAAGGGAAAGGCCACGGAACUGGGGGCAUGAAACGGGUUGAUAUUCUCCCAGCUAAAAAAUGGUUGAAUGUUUUCGCCUUUCUCAUUAUUUCAAUGUUUGUUUCAAAAUCUGCUGGACAGGCCCCACUGAUAUCUUUUCAACGUUCUACGUUUCACAGCCAUCCCCCAAAAUAAAAAAAUUUCAAUCAGACCCUGCAGUAACCAUUGAACCCAUAAGCACUAUGAUUGUCACCUAUUACCUCGUCUGGUUUCUUCUUUUUUGUUCCCCCCCCCCCCUACUUGUACAGCACUUUUCAUGCAAAAUUGGCAACGGGAGAGAAGAGUCUCAAGAAGUUGAAAAAUUAAGCGAUCUACUAAAGGAGUGUGCCGAGGCAACAGCCAAACAGUAAGGAAAAUCAAAAAUUAACAAAUUGAACCAUUGUUAGUGGAAAUAUUUAUGCUCGAAAAUCCUUUUAUUUAAAAAGGAAAUAGAGAAAAUGCCGCCGGAAGGGGAGAAUGGUUCCCUGUAGAUUGGAUGACACUUCUACAGUUAUCAUUCAAGCUGCCUGACGUAGCUACUUCUCUGCUGUGCUUAUACAGAUGUUUUUCUAACCUACCGCGGGGGCGCAGUACGUCUAGAACCGCAGCGCCCUGCGCUCUACGCGGUUGUACAGAACUGGCAGCCACGCUUCAUUACACAACUUCCCAAAGAACAAUACAAGUCGGUUUUGGCACCUAACUUGGAGCAGUAAACGAGGGAUACAAAAGAACUGUGAUUGUUCCGGAAAUAUAUCUAUCUCGAUAAUUCUUCCAGAGCUAAUUAGAAAAACACUACUAGAAAUCUUCAUCUUAUGCUUUCGUUUAUUUACUUGUUCUUGGCUGUGCCCUUCCUGCAUGAGUCAAAUUGAUGUGAUUCCUUGUUUGCCAAGUAAUGGAUAUGUGUAUAUCACAGGCGUACUUGUGAUAUACACCUUAUUUCAUUUCUCUUUUGCAGGUUUACGUGCCUUUAUAGCAAAUGGUAGGAAUUAUUAACGUUUGUACUAGUAAAAGUACAACCCCCCCCCCCCCCCCUUCUCAUUCGCAUAGAAAAGUUACCCUGGGUGUAGCCCCCCCCCCCCCCUCCUCCUCCUCCUAAAAAAAAAAAUCCUGGGUACGUGCCUACAUUAGUGCUUCGAUUUUUAUUAUGAGAGGCCAAGUCCAUGUAACCUUUUUCGAAGGCCUGAUAUUUCUAGGCUUGCAGUGGAGGAAAAGCUAAAGGUGUGAGCCCUGAAAACGUGGCCGGUAUUGCCCUUUACUGUGCUGGGAAGCCAGGGAGGGUGACUUGCAGUUUUGUCACACAUAUGCACUCUCCUUUGCUUUUGUUUUUUUUAAUAAAUUUGAUCAGCCCUCAUGCACUCUAAACCUACUGUGUUGUUCCAGUUAACAUUUGCUGGUCUGGUUAGCUCCUUACUUAAAUACCUUGUGGGCAUUAAAAUGUGGAUGGGUGUUAAGAUAUAUAGUCUUGCAAAUUGCUUGUAAAAACAGGUGACUGACGCACACUUCUUGAUUGCCAGGCUGCAUUUUAGGUAUGGUCAUGGCAAGCCAUAUACAUGCACAAGCUUGAAUUUAAAGGGUUGCCUUUUGUCAAGCAUCAAUGCUUUUUCUGCUCUGUCAUAGGGUAUCAUUGCAAGCAUUUCGAGCAAAAACUGCAAGUAGUGAUGUGAAUGAAAGUAUGGAAGUAGGAAAUGUAUCCUGGAGUUGUUGCAAUAUCAUGAUGGGGAUAAAUAAACUGUUUUAUGCUCA